AUGAGUUUCAUAACAUAAAUUGAAUUGUUAGUGUUUAUUAGAAAUUUUAGAAAUGUUGAUCUAUUUUAAUAAGGAAUUUAUAGGAUUUAAAUAUCAAUACCUAAACAUUUGCCAUAUUUAACUUUAGAUUAAUUGGGGAUUAGUAAAUAAAAGAAACAAAGAGAUUAAAAAUUAGUUGGUUAAGACAUUAAAGAUUAAUAUUUUCUCUCAAGUUCUUUUGUAAUUAGAUAUGAAGAUGAGGAGGUAUAAAUCAAUAAAAUUUAGAUUAAUUUAUGUGAAGGAUGUAUUUUUAGAAUAGAACAAAAUACAUUUGGUUAAUUAAACUCUGUAGAAUUACAAGUUGAUUUAUUAUUUCUAGAUAGUAAAUCUGUAGAAUCAUUUCAAGACCUAGAAGUAUUACCCUUAAAUAAACUAUCUUCUCAAACCUACGUCAUUCAUUCUCUAAAAUAAAUAAAUCAUAAUUAUUUGCCUAUUACUUUUGAUCCAAAUACUGCUUGUGUUAUAAAUUGCUUUGUAUUCUCAUUACCUUUGAGUAUAAUUAAUUGAUUAAUAGACUUAAAGUAUUAAUAGAGAAAAGAUGGAUUAACAAUGAAUGAGUAUAUUCAAAAAUACAAAAGAAAGGGCCAAUUUGAAUUGUUAUAAUAGAAAACUUUUGAUUACCUUGAGUCAAUAUUUAAGCAAUUUAUUCAGUAAUACAAAGAGACUAUUGCUGAAUAUAUAACUGAACCAACAAAAUUUGCACAUUAUUUAGUAUAAAUUAAGAUUAUUAAAUUUAGUAAUAAUUAGCUUGUUUAGGAGAAGUGGAAUAUACUAAUGAAGAUUUAGAACGUUAAAUAAAUUCAAUUAGUUUAUAAUUGUAUAUGCUUUGGUAUGUCUAUAUUGAUGUUAUUUCAAAGAUUUAUGCUAAAUUAAUGAAGAAAUUAAAAAUCAAAUAUAUAACAGAACUUCAAGAUUUAUAUGAAGAAUUUGUAAUAAAGAUUAAUAAUACUACUUAAUUUGAUAAAACAAUGAAGAAUUAUAAUUUAAUUAAUUCUUUAAGAUAAUUAGAUUAAAGAAUUCUACCAAUUCUACCUAUAACAUGUACAGAAAUAUUGGAUAAUCUACCUAUUCUAAUAAAAUAUUCAUAAAAUGAAAUUAAACAUUUUUAAUUAAAUUAAAAAAAGUCAGAUAGUAAACAUUUAAUAGUAUUUGUACAUGGAUAUAAAGGAUCUCCUUUUGAUAUGAGAAGAUGGAGAAAUAUAAUUAAAAUCUAUUAUCCAAAAUGUUUUACAUUGAUAUCAAGUUGUAAUUAAAGAGAAGGUGAAGAUUCAAUUAGAGUAAUGGGACAUAAAUUAAGUAUUGAAAUCUAAGCUUAAAUUUAAUUGAUGGAUGGAAUAGAUGAAUUAUCAUUUAUUUGUCAUUCUUUAGGAGGUGUAGUAGCAAGAUCAGCUCUUUGUAAUUUAAGUAUGCAUUCUAAUAAGAUGAGAUUUUAUGUAAGUCUUGGAUCACCUCAUAUAGGAUUAUUUGUUAAAUAAAAUAGUUUAGUUAAAACUGGUUUAUGGUUUAUGACUAAUUUCUCAUCCAGUUAAAGUAUGGCUGAAUUAUAAUUAUAAGAUGCUUCAUAACCUUAGAAUUCUUAUCUCUAUUAUUUAUCAACAGUAUAAUCUUUAGAGUGGUUUUAAAAAGUGAUAUUGAUUAGUUCAACAUAAGAUGAUUUUGUUCCAUUUGAAGUUGCAAGACUAGAAAAAUCUAAUAGAGUUCCUUAAGAUAAACAAUAAAUUUAUUAAACUAUGCUUGACAACAUUAAAUUACCUGAAUGUACAAGAGUUGAAGUUAAUUUUACAUUUACAGAAAAUGACAAGAAUUGGGAUAAUCUUAUAGGUCGAACUGCUCAUAUGAAUCUAGUUGAAAAUACAACAAUGAUAAGAAUGAUUGUAACUUAAAGUAGAUUACUUGAUUAAUGA